GUCUCUCAGCAGGCUCCACACAUUGUGCUGUGAUGUGCUUGAGUCACUGGAGAAGGUCACACAAGAGGUCAAAGCUGACACUACAGAGGACAUUAAGUGGUUAAUUUCUCAUCACCGAGAUGCCAUGAAGAAAACACUGACUGAUGAUAGAUUGCAGAGACUGCAGAGAGAUGGAGGCACUCUUGUUGCCAGUCUCCAGAAAUCAUCUUACUUAAGGUUAUAUGACCCAGUGACUUUUGACUUAUAUGAGAGAGUAGACGAAGCUUUACAUAAUCUUGUCCGACUCUCAAAUCAAAAACUGCAAGACCUUGAGGCAAGAUUGCCACCACAAGACCGCCAAGACAGAAGUGAGGAUACUCAGAGUCUGCUUAAUACCCUGAGACAUGGAGAUAUGAAAAUGGAAAUGAUUGGGGAGGCAACAGAAGAGACAUUAGAGGAGUAUCGUGUACCAUUUCUAGAACCAGAUGGUCGCAAGUCAGAGGUUGGCGUCAGGAUCCGUGGUCUAGAAGUCAGUAGUCGAGAGCUAGCGGACCGUACCUGCAGCCCACCUCGUGGCCAUGUUCUCAGCAGAGGUGAUGGGAGAGGACCAGAUGCCCCUUGGGGGGGUAUUCCAAAACUGGAGGGAAGAAGAUCUCCCCAGCGCAUUCUGUUAGACCUCCUGUGCUCAGAGAGGAGUUACGUGCAGUCUUUGCGCCGGUCUCUGGAGGUCAGGGGAUCAUGUCCGGCUGGCCUGGCACUCAGAGGUAGCCUGGAGCAACUCCUCAACUUCCACACUCACUUCUUGAGAGACCUCCAGAACUGUGUGUCUCACCCCUUCACUGUGUCAUACUGCUUCCUGCAACAUGCUGACCAGUUACGCUUAUACUCCCUGUAUGUGAAGAACAGACAGAAGGUUGAGCUGUUCCUUCCAUCCCCCAGUGGCAGUUUAAAGGGCAAGAAAAGGGACCAGAAGGAGGAGGAAGACUCUUGGGGUAUUCUGCAUAGACCACUGGAACAGUUGGAUUUGUACCAGCGCUUUCUGGCAGACAUGAUGCUUGAAUGUGACCAGGACAGCGAACAGGAGCGUCAAUCUCUACAUGCUGCUCGCGAACUUGUGGGCUCUCUGGUGCACCAUGGGAAAAACCUGCUAGCUGCUGAAGCCAUCCGGGGAUUUGAGGUGGAUGAGAAGGAACAUGGUCGCCUUUUGCUGAAGGAUGUGUUCACAGUACUAUCUGGAAGAAAGAAAUCUUUGCGACAUGUAUUUCUGUUCCAAAAACUGCUUCUGCUAAGCAAACUGAAGACAGCAGAGGGAGGUCUGGAGACAUACGGCUUUAAACAGGCUUUUAAAACAGCUGAUAUGGGCAUUACAGAAAAUGCUACAGAGGGGGACACACGGAUUGAACUUUGGUUCCGCCGUCAGAAAUCAAGGGAAACAUUACUCCUGCAAGCUGAAACCACUAGUGUGAAAGAAUCAUGGACCAAUGAGAUCACAAAACAUUUGUGGGAUCAAGGAGGAUUGAGCAAAGAGCACCGCACACAGGAUACCUCGACAAUUGGUUCCAGUCAUCGCUCUUUUCUUGACAUUAAAGCUGGAUUCAAUGCAAUAAGUGAACGGACUGUUAGCGCCCUCUUGACUGCAAGAGGAUGCCGCACUAGAGCAUCUGUACCUCUUACAGCCUGUGAUCACAGCUCUUCCCCACCAUCUUCUCUUGCACUCACAUCAGGACCAAGCCCUCGAAGGCUGCGCUCACCUGGAGGAGUCUCUCUUCCUGAAAAAAUCAAUGAAGAAGGAGGUGACUCUUUCACAGGUGGACCAGUGUGCCUCAAAUCAUUCUCACCCAUUAUGGAAGGAGAAAAGCCAAAGGAUUUAACCAUUGAAGCCCUCUUCCCUUCCACCUCUGUAUAAAGAAAAAUUAUUUCCAAAGCUCAUAAAAAAAAGAACAUAAAUCGCCUGCACAGUGCCAUAACCACUGAUCAAGAGGACUACAAACUAAGCAUGUCAAUGACCUCAGCAGAUGACAGUGCCAAGCAUAUCAUUCAUUUACACAAUGCACCAAAUACAAUGCUGUCAGAAGCUCAAAAAGUGUCACUUCCUUCUUGGUGAAUGACAUUAUGCUAAAAACUAAGACCACUAACAAAGCUUUUGAUGAUUAUAAAAUGAUGACCUGUCAAACUUGAGGAGAACUGGCUUAGGAUAGAGGACCAACAGUAUUUCUCUAUAAGCCAGUGGCUUUUUCAUCUCUGUUACCUUAAGGUGCAAACUAAGUGCAAACAUCUCAUUUUUCAAACUCUAAUGCCAAAUUUCAGUACAAAGAAAUUUCCAAGAGAUUUGGGAACCAUCAUGCUGCAGAAAUAAAUG